AUGGCUAAAGAGCAUAUUAAACUGUUUUAUUUUAAUGCACGUGCACGUGGAGAAGCAAUUCGAAUGACUUUUGUAGCGGCUGGAAUCGAGUAUGAAGACGAAAGGAUAUCAUUUGAUAACUGGCCUAAGAUCAAGCCAUCGAUACCUGGAGGACGUCUGCCUGUAGUGAAGAUCACUGAGAAAGAUGGGAAAGAAAAAUGGUUAUCAGAGAGUUUGGCCAUUGCACGUUUCUUUGCGAAGAAGAAUGGUAUGAUGGGUAGCACGGACGACGAGUACUAUAGUGUUGAGAAGCUAAUCGGUCAGGUUCAAGAUGUUGAAAGUGAAUAUUACAAGACCUUGAUGAAACCAGAAGAGGAGAAAAUCAAAAUCAUCAAGGAGAUAUUUAGUGGAAAAGUCCCCAUUCUUCUAAAUGAUAUCUGUGAAUCGCUAAAGAAAUCGAAAGGCAAAUUAGCUGUGGGUGACCAAGUGACUUUGGCUGAUUUGGUAUUGAUUGCAGCCAUCGAUCACGUGACUGACUUGGACAAAGGAUUCAUGGACGGUAAAUAUCCUGAGAUUCACAAACACCGAGAGAAUCUCCUGAAGAUUUCACCGAAAUUGGCUAAGUAUUUAUCAGAAAGGCCUGCAACUGCAUUCUGA